AUGACGGCGACGGCGACUGCGACGGCAACUUCAACUGCAGCCUCGCCUUCCACAAAGACGAAGCUCCAUGGACGGGCGUUCUACGAGAGCAUCGGGAGUCCCAAGUACAUCGUGGCUCCCAUGGUGGACCAAUCCGAGUUUGCCUGGCGAAUUCUCACGCGAUCCUUCCUGCUGCCCGAGGAGCAGUCCAAGCUGCUAGCCUACACGCCCAUGCUGCACGCGCGACUCUUUUCGCAGGACGAAAAGUACAGGAGGGCCCAUUUCCAAGCCGUCCGGCCGGGCUCCGACGGUGAGCCGUGGCUGGACGGGAAUCCCAGCAUCGACCGGCCUCUGUUUGUGCAGUUUUGCGCGAAUGAUCCCGAGGCGCUGCUCGCUGCGGCGAAGCAUGUGGUUCCGUAUUGCGAUGCUGUCGAUUUGAACCUCGGGUGUCCGCAGGGCAUUGCGCGCAAGGGCCACUACGGCGCGUUUCUGCAGGAGGACCAGGAUCUCAUCUUCAAGCUGGUCAACAUCUUGCAUAGGGAGCUUCCCAUUCCGGUCACGGCCAAGAUUCGGGUGCUGGAGACGAAGGAGAAGACUCUGGAAUACGCGCAGAAUGUGCUCAAGGCUGGAGCUUCGAUAUUGACGGUCCAUGGACGAAGACGCGAGCAAAAGGGACAUCUCACUGGCGUGGCGGACUGGGACAUGAUUCGCUUCCUUAGAGAUAACCUGCCCCCCGAAACGGUGCUCUUCGCCAACGGAAAUAUCCUUCAGCCAGGCGAUUUACAGAGGUGCUUGGACGCCACGGGGGCGGACGGCAUCAUGUCGGCCGAGGGAAACCUCAGCGACCCAGGCAUCUUCGGUAACCCGCCGCCGAUAGAAGAACACAGCAGGGAAUACUGGAGGGGCAAGGACGGGAAAGGCGGCUGGAGAGUCGACGCCAUCACGAGACGCUACCUAGACAUCCUACACAAAUACGUCUUUGACGAAGAGCCCCCGCAGAGGAGGCCGUUGUUCAUCCCUGGCGACGACGCCGCAUGGUUGACAGAAAGCGAGACCGCCAAUGACGCAGACGAGCCCGCAAAGAAGAAGCGAAAAACAGACACCUCUACUAGCGAAGGCGACACUACCGCCACGACAACCACCACCACCACCACCAAGAAGAAGCUCACCCCGGAGCAGCAGCAGUCCCCUAACCUCUCCGCAAUGCAGCCCCACCUGUUCCACGUCCUCCGACACUUCGUCACCCGUCACACUGAUAUCAGAGACAUGCUCGCCCGCGCGCGCAGGGACGGCAUGGCCGGCUACGAGCGCGUCCUCGAGGCCGUGGAGAGGCGCGUCGCCGAAGGCCUUCUCGAGUACGAGCGCACCGGCGGCCAGAGCUUCGACGAGGAGAUGGAGAGGACGAUUGCCGAGCGUACCAUCGAGGGCGUGCCCGAGGAGGAGAGCUCCGUGGGGACGCUCAGGCGGUGCAAGAGGCCCUGGUGGGUCGCCCAGCCCAUUAUUCGGCCGCUGCCGAGCGAGGCCUUGGCCAAGGGCGCCAUUUCGCUCAAGAAGGAAAAGGGCAAGACCAAGGAGAAGGGUGAUGCCAAGGAGAAAGAUGACGGCAAGGCGAAGAGUGAGAAUGGAACCGCUGUGGCGGUGGACAAGAAAGAGACGGAAGCACAGCAGCAGACGAAGCAGGAGAUUGCAUCCAGAGACGAGCUCGUCUCCGGAUGA